AAGAAAAGUCGUAAGUACCAAGAAGGGAAAUGCUAAUGGGGCCCAUAGCCAUCAAUUGAGUUUAUGCAUUACCCAGCUGCUGUCUUGCGACCAGAGUGAAGAUCUGCCCAGGAGCUGCAAUGCUUUCCUGAACUGCUAGGGCUGGAGCCCAGACCCGGAGAUCCAGGCAGCUAUUCCAGGAACUGGAAGCCAAGCACAUCAGGUGCCAGGAAGGUCAUCAUGAUCAGCCCUGAUCCCAGGCCCUCCCUUGGCUUGGCCUGGUGGGCCGAGAGCUAUGAGGCCAAGUGCGAGCGCAGGCAGGAGACCCGUGAAAGCCGGUGCUGCCGCCCCAACGUGACCACCUGCCGCCAGGUGGGGAAGGCACUGCGGGUCCAGCAGAGAGAACAGCUUCAGAGAGCUCGACUGCAGCAGUUCCUCCAGAGGAGGAACCUGGAACUGGAGGAGAAGGGCAAGGCACAGCAUCGCCAACUCCCACAGCCAGGGCCCUCCAGGAGGCUGGGCCGGGAGUCUGCCCUCCAGGAGCCCUUGUCUGGGGCCAGCAGGAUCUCUCCCCCCGGACAGCAGGUGGCAAGAACCAGCUCUGAGGUCUUUCCAGCCCAGCAUCCUCCUCCCCCCAGCAUCCAGAGGGAUCCAGUUGACCACCUCUCAUCACAGACUGGAGAUAUUCCACCACAAGACAGUCCCAUCAAGAAGCCACCCAGACACCACCGUGGUACUCAGACCAAGGCAGAAGCAGCACAGCCAACAAUUAAGAACGAUGCCAGUCAGCAAACCAAUUAUGGAGUUGCCGUUCUGGAUAAGGAAAUCAUCCAGCUUUCUGAAUACCUGAAAGAAGCCCUACAGAGGGAGCUGGUCUUAAAACAGAAAAUGGUAGUUCUCCAAGAUCUAUUGUCCACCCUGAUUCAGGCUUCUGACAGCACUUGGAAGGGACAGCUUAAUGAAGACAAAUUGAAAGGCAAACUGAGAUCCUUAGAAAACCAGCUAUACACCUGGACCCAGAAAUACUCCCCUUGUGGAAUGAAAAAGGUGCUACUGGAGAUGGAAGACCAGAAAAACAACUAUGAGCAGAAGGCCAAGGAGUCUCUGCAGAAAGUGCUGGAGGAGAAAAUGAACGCAGAGCAGCAGCUACAGAGCACACAGCGCUCCCUAGCCCUGGCAGAGCAGAAGUGUGAAGAAUGGAGGAGCCAGUAUGAAGUUUUGAAGGAGGACUGGAGAACCCUAGGGAGCCAGCACAGAGAGCUGGAGAGCCAGCUCCACGUGCUUCAGUCCAAGCUGCAGGGAGCAGACAGCAGAGACUUACAGAUGAACCAGGCCCUGCGAUUUUUGGAGAAUGAACACCAGGAACUACAGGCCAAGAUUGAACGCCUACAAGGGGACAGAGACCUGUGCAGCUUAGACACCCAGGAUCUACAAGAUCAACUAAAGAAGUCAGAGGAGGAGAAACUUGCCCUGGUGACCAGAGUCCAACACUUGCAAAGAAUGACUUAGAAAGUAAACGCAUACUACAAAUGCCUCCAUCUACUUCAAACUUCAUGUUGGGACCAGAAAGGAAAAGGGAUUACGUCUCAGAAGAAAAUCUGACAAUUUCUGAAAAGCUGGAGAACAUGACUUAAUUCGUACCUCUACUAUCGGGUGUCCCAAAAGUCACUAUAAAUAGGAAAAAUUAACAAACUCAUAUCCUAUAUUAUAUAUUUUUCAUGUUUGUCAACAAGUAGAGAAAUAUUUUAUAAAAUUUUGUCAUGAAUAUUUUGUAAAUAAAGGUACAGUUAGCUACAAUUUCCUAUUUUCCCUGUUUGUGUGCAUGACAUUUAGGACACCCUAUAUUUGUCUACCACCUUAAACUCUGAUACCCAACAGAUGCUCUAAGCAAACACCAAUGAAUAGUACAAGAGCAGAGUAACUGCAGGGGAAAGGGAGGAAGAAGGUGGUGGACAUGGAGCUCCUACAGGGUGAGAGCUGGAUAAGUAGGAAGUCACUUCAAAACCAUGCUUUCACUCAUUCAACAAAAAUCCCCUGAACCCCUCCUAAGUACCAUGCGCUCUAGAUAUAUACACUGAGCAUACAGUAAUGAACAAAACUGACAGUUUCUUCUCUCAGGAAGCUUACAUUCUAAGUAAGCUCUAAAGUCCACUGUAGAGUUGCCAAAAACAAAUAAAUAUGUAUCAGGUCAUAAUAACUGCUGUGGAGAAAAGCAAAGCAGGUUAAAGGGGAAAUGGUUGCUAUUUUAUAUAGUUACCUGGGAAAGCCUUUUUUCUAAGGUAACAUUUAAGCAGAGACUUGAAGAUAAAAACAUAAUAGGAAGAGAUAUAAGGAUGGUAUAUUCAUAGCAAAGUACCACAGAUUGGGUUACUUGAAGAAAAAAAAUUGACUGUCUCAAAGUCUAGAGACUAGGGUGUUGGCAGAGGUGGUUCCUUCCGAGGGUUUUUACGGACAGUUCUACUCCAGGCCUCUUUCCUUGGCUUUGUUGAUGGCCAUUUUUUCUGUGUCCCUUCAUACUAUCUUUCCCAUGAACAUCAACUGUGUCCACAUUUUCACUUCUUAUAAAGACACCAUUUGGAUUAGGGCCCAUCUUAAUGACCUUAUUUUAACUUAAUUACUUCUGUAAAUAACCUAUCUCCAAAUAAGGUCACAAUCUGAGGUACUAGGGGGACAUAUAAAUUUGGGGGACAAAAUUCAACCCAUAACAGAAAGAAACAUUUUAAAUAAUUAAGGUGAAAAGCAGAGUUUGAGUAGAGACUCUUUACAGUAAUUACACUAGCAUAGACAAGUUCCUGUG